UGCAAAUUUUCGCAAUAUGAAUGUUGACAGAACUCCAAACUGGUCUUCAGCUGAACGCUGUAUGGCGGUUGGUCUUAUAAAUGAAAAUUACGAAGCGUUAUUCGCAAAAUUCAAAGGCGCUACGACAGGAGCCCUAGACAAGAAAGGGAAAUGGCAGGACAUCGCGGAUCAGCUGAAUAGUUCUGGUAUUACCCAGUGUACUAGGACUGUGGAGCAGAUAAGAAGGAUGUAUGCUAAUGUUAAGCAACGAGCAAAAGAAAAAGACAGUGAUAAGAAGAAGACAGGUGGUGGACCCAACCUUAAGUUGACUCAAUGCGAGGAUAUGGUUUUAGACGGGAUUAGGGAUAAGCCACAGUUGGGAGGAAUCAUUGGUGGAUUGGAUACAUCAAGCACUGUUACAGAAUGUUCAAAGACCGCAACAUCAGGACAGAGUUCCACAGACACCGCACAAGAUCCUACAGAACCGGCAGCGACCUCAGGGAUGCCAGAGAAGGGUGAUGUAAAUGGUUCAGCAUGUAGAUUGCAAUCAAGUAUGGCAAAUAGUGAAAGUUACGCAGUUAUUAACGGAAAAAGCAAGAGAAGGAAAGUCGUCGUGGACGAGUUAUAUGAGCUUGAGAAGAAAAGGGCCCAGGCUGAGAUCCUUCUUCUUGAGCAGAGAAGAGACCAGGAGGCAGCCAUAUUUAAAAUUAAAAGGGAUAUGCUGCAAGCUACAAUGGAACAAGAAAAGAUUUUGUUUGAACUUAAGGGAAAAGUUUUACAAGAAAACUUAAACAAAGCCUUAGAGCAGAAUCUUCUGCUGUGGAAUGAGAAUUAAUUAUGUCUUCAUACAGGAGGGAGACAUAUUGUUUUUGCCUUUUCUGUCUGUCUGUCCUUUUGUCUGUCUGUCUUUGCAUUAAGCUUGUUCGGCUUUAACAAGUCAAACUGCUGGCUGGAUUUCGAGGAAACUUCAUCUCAGUGUUAUUAUAUUUUUCAGUCUUUCAAGACCAUUGAUUUCAACUCAUUUACAUUUACAUUUGAAGAUUGAAUACUGCUUAAGCCGAUGCUAGGGGAGUGGGCAGUUCUGUAUUUUCCAUUACUGCACAUGAACAGACUCGAUCGAACCGGGUCUGCAUUGUUGUUGUUGCUUCCAAGGGAUCUACUUUUCAGAUUAUAUUUUUACCCCCUGACAACAAAGUUGUAAGGGGGGUAUACUGGUUUCAGGUUGUCUGUCUGUCUGUCUAUCUGUCCGUAGAUACAAUCUUGUGCGCACCAUCUCUCCUCAUCCCCUUGGCACAAUUUAAUGAAACUUCACACAAGUGAUCAGUAACAACAGUAGUUGUGCAUGGGGCAUGUUAGGUUCUUUCAGAAAAAGAAAUUGCAGAGUUAUGGGACUUUGUUUUUUGUUACUAUACUAUAUACAUAGACAGAAUCUUGUGCGCACCAUCUCUCCUCAUCCACUUGACACAAUUUAAUGAAACUUCACACAAGUGAUCAGUUACAACAGUAGUUGUGCAUGGGGCAUGUUAGGUUCUUUCAACGACAAAAAUUGCAGAGUUGUGGGACUUUGUUUCUUGUUAACAUACUAUUUACAUACAGUCUGCAUAUGCAGUCUUGUGCGCGCCUAAUCUUCCGAACUCUUGCACACAAUUUAAUGAAACUUCACACAAGUGAUCAGUACCAACCCUAGUUGUGCAUGGUGCAAGUUAUGGGACUUUGUUUUGUGUUACUAUACUGUAUACAGUCCACAUAGUUAUGCAGUCUUGUGUGCGUCAAAUUGCAAUGUCCUGUGUCAAUGGUGCAUGCGGGGGGUACAUUCAUCACCUUUAGUGAUACCUCUAGUUAUAGAAGUGAUCAGUUCCAAGCCUAGAUGUUCUGCUACGUUGCAGAAGAUGGUUACCGGCACAUUCCACUUCACAGCACAAAAUGGCCACCAGAGCGAAAAAAGACAAAUCUUGUCUGGCUAAACUGCUGAUUUUGAAGAAGCUUCUCAAGAGUGAUCUGUACCAAGCGUAGUUUUGCAUGUCGCCAGCAUGUUUAGCUUCGCUGCAAAAAAUGGCCACCUGAACUGAAAAAAACUGCACAAAAUGGCCUUCAGAAAUGAAAGUAGAAAAAUCUUUCCGGUUUUCACAAGUCAAACUGCUGGCCGAAUUUCAACAAAACUUUAGUGAUCAGUACCGAGCCUAGUUGUGCAUAUCACUGACACAUUACGCUUAACUGCAGAAAAUAGCUGACAGUGGGACAGGUGUACCUGGGUGAGACGUAUGUUUUUGUGACAAAAACACCUUCUAGUUUACAUUCUGACACUGAAUUGCCAUCAAUUUUUUUUUGUAAAUUAGUGCAUUUUCUAUUGUUUUAAUGAACAGCUUUUUAAGUAGUUCCAUAUUUUGUUUUUGUAAUUUUCAUUCUAACAUGGCUGGAUUUGAUUUCCAGUUAAACAGAGAAGGAAAUCAAGCUUGGUAUAUAAUGGGAUUAACAAAGGUUGACAAGUGGACAGGUUAGAGAGCAUUAUGACUUUGAUUAUGACAUCAAAAUCCCGCACGGCGUCCAAUACAUUACUCCUCGGGUAAAUGAAGUCCAGAAUAAUAUUUAUUAAAACAUGUCAUUGAGCAUGUCAGAAUGAAAACAAUCGAGGCCUUCUUGCGGCUUACUGUCUAAAUUACCAUGGUUCAUCGUUUAGAAGCUUUUGUUUUUAACAACUCUGGCUAACGCCUCGUGGUUAAAUUCCUUCACGUCUGAACUUUAUACUGUGGUAAACUAGACGAUAGAUAACUCGAAGGCCUUGAUUUCUUAUUUAUUCUUACAUGGCUGUAUUUGAUUCCCAGUUAAGCAAAGAAGGAAAUCAAGCUCGGUUGACGUGUGGACCGAUACGCGAGCAUUAUGACCUCAAAUUGCUGCAUGACGUCUGAUUCAUUACUCCUUAGGUAAAUGAAUACCAGCCUAAUAUUUAUUAGAAUAUUUCAAUGAGCAUGUCAGAAUGAAAAAUAUCAAUGACUUCUUGUGAUUUAUCAUAUAAUUUAACACGGUUCAUCGCUCAGAUGCUUCGG